GGAGAGAUGGGUGUACCAGGUCUGCGAGGCCUAGAGGGGGCACCAGGCAAAAGCAUCACUGGAGAAAAGGGAGACAGAGGUGACCGUGGGCCAAGGGGACUUUCAGGGUCUCCAGGUCCAGUUGGACCUGCUGGAGCCAAGGGAGAGCCUGGCAGCCCAGGAAUGGUGGGCCUACCUGGACCUGCUGGCCGAGGUUUACAAGGAUCAAAGGGAGAUCCUGGGCCUGUAGGACCAGCUGGACCUAUUGGAGAACCUGGAGUAGGAAUCACUGGGCCGAAGGGUAACAAAGGAAAUCAUGGACCUGUGGGGCCACCAGGAAUGAAGGGAGAUGGCUUCCCAGGACCACAGGGGCUGCCUGGUUUACCAGGAGUGCAAGGAGAGAUGGGACCUGAAGGGAAAGGACUACCUGGACCCAAGGGUGACAGAGGCAUACCAGGGGUGCUGGGGCCAUCAGGUCCUCCUGGAAUUGGACUUUAUGGACCAAAGGGUUCUACAGGACAGCCUGGUCCACCAGGUCUGCCAGGGCCUCCAGGAGAGGGCAUCCAGGGACCAAAGGGUGAACCUGGGUUUCAGGGCCCAAUGGGCCCUCGGGGGGCGCCAGGGGAUGGCCUUCCAGGGGAGAAGGGUGAUAGAGGCAUUCCUGGAGACCGGGGAAAGAAAGGAGAAAAGGGGGACUAUGGAGAACCUGGCUCUACUGGACUGAUGGGGAGACCAGGAGAAAAGGGGGAACCAGGACUGACUAGAGAAGAGGUCAUCAGGAUUAUAAGGGAAAUCUGUGGCUGUGGUCUGAAGUGCAGAGAGAGCCCUCUGGAGCUGGUGUUUGUGAUAGACAGCUCUGAGAGUGUGGGACCAGAAAACUUUGAGUUGGUGAAGGAUUUUGUGAACACUCUUAUUGACCGGGUGUCUGUAAGCCGAGAAGCCAGUCGGAUCGGUGUGGUGCUUUACAGCCACGUAGACAUGGUGGUAGUAAGUCUGCAGCAGCAGUCCAGCCAGGAUGAUGUCAAGGCCGCCAUCAGGAAGAUGCCUUACCUGGGUGAAGGUACCUUCACUGGCAGCGCCAUCCAUCGUGCCAAUCAGCUGUUUCAGGCCGCGCGGCCUGGUGUGAGGAAAGUGGCUGUGGUUUUAACGGACGGGCAGGCCGACCCCCGGGACAUCAUGCAGUUUAAAGAUACAGCAGCAGAGGCCCAUGCACAGGGGACCGAGAUGUUUGUUAUAGGAGUCGUAAACAAGACUGACCACCUGUUUGAAGAGUUCCAGGCUGAGAUGAAUGUAAUCGCCUCGGAUCCUGAUGAAGAGCACGUCUACCUCAUAGAUGACUUCAGGUCACUUACCAAUCUGGAAAGCAAAAUACUGAGUCGGAUUUGUGAGCAGGAUGACGCAGUGGCACUUCUGCCAAACGUUGUCUUUCCACCCAUGGAAACCCACCCAGAGGCUCCUGAAGACAGCCACUCCACAGAGUUCCCAGAUGAGGAAAACAUACAAAUUGAACUCCCUGUGGAAACGGUAACAGCCUCGACUCCACAGUCCCAGGAGUCACGUCGGGCCCACAAGAACCCGGUUCAUACUAAACUGUUUGUGGAGCCUUGGAACGAGCUGCCAGACAUCACAUUUUCCUCUCCUGGUGGCAGGGGGCAGCAGGGCCCUGGUGUGACCUCCAUGGUGGGUCCUCAGAUUCCACCUGACUGGCUGUAUGAGGCAGAGAGCAAACAGGCUCCUAUGAGCCGCCCUCCACCAUCCCUGACAGACUCUUCGGUGCCAGAUGAAGGGUGCAGUCAGCCUCUGGACCCAGGUCCCUGUCGACAGUACGUAGUCAAGUGGUACUAUGACCCCGAGGCCAAUGCCUGCGCACAGUUCUGGUAUGGAGGCUGUCAGGGCAAUGCAAACAACUUUGAGACUGAAGCUAACUGCAGGAAUUCCUGCGUCUACACAUAACAGACUGUGUUUGGAGAAAAGGGUGUAUGCAAAGCCAACACGCUCUAUCAGCGUCACUGAGGAAAAGAAUGGACUAAUGACGCACGCUUUACUGUUUAACCAGAGUUCAGGCCAGCAGCUGCUGCUGUGGUCACACUCUGUAAACUGCUGCAGGUGAAGGACAUGAUGGAGAGUAGACCUGGACCUCCUCCCUGUCUCUCAGGCUACGUUCACACUGUAGGUGGUCCUGCUCAAUUCUGAACUGCUGCACAUGUACUAGCUGUCUGAUCAUUUUGGACAACUACUUAUAUCUGCUCUGGGGUGUGUAACCACUAAAAACCAAUACCAACUGACAGAAGCAUCAAAAGACUGGUUCAACUUUGCACCCCAAAUGCAAAUCAUUUUAUUUUCACUUUUCCUUUUAUUGUUGGAUAGUUGUUCUCCAGGCUUACUCUGGAAAACCAGGGGCAUGUGUCACAAAGCAAGUCCAGCUUGGUCUCUUUGGGUUACCUGUCUUCACUGAACCCAACAUUGGCG